UGGUCUAAUGAGUCAUAUAAUAGCUUCCAGAAUGUUCUGGCUUGUCCCGAGGGCCAGGAGGUGUAAAGACACAGGAGGUUUGGAAGGCGAUGGGCGCCUCAGCAGAAGUGGCCUGCUAUUAAGAAAUAAAAAGAAUAAGCCACAUUCACAUGCCACUCCUCAUUACUACCUUUCUUCCAGGUUCUUGGUCUCCUUCGUAGCUCUGCUGUGCUUGGUGGGAGCAGCAAUUGCUCUCUACGUGCCCGACGCCCAAGAAUUGGGCACCUUCUACACUGGCACCGCCAUUGACAACACCCGCAGCGAAGGCAGCGCCGACAGUGGCAGCGGCGGUAGCGGCGGCGGCGGCGGCAGUGGCGGCGGUGGCAGCGGUAGCGAGGGUAGUGGCGGCGGCGGCAGUGGCAGUGGCAGCGGUGGCAGCGGCAGUGGAGGCAGCGGCAGUGGCGGCAGUGGCAGCGGCAAUGGCGGCGGCAGUGGCAGUGGCAGCGGUGGCGGCGGCGGCGGUGGCGGCAGUGCCGGCAGCAGUGGCAGUGGCAGUGGUAGCGGUGGCAGUGGAAGUGGCAGCGGCGGUGGCGGCGGCGGUGGCGGCAGUGGCGGCAGCGGUGGCAGCGGCAGUGGCGGCGGUGGCAGUGGAAGUGGCAGCGGCGGCGGCGGUAGCAGCAGUGGCGGCAGCGGUGGCAGUGGCAGUGGCGGCAGUGGCAGCGGUGGCAGUGGAAGUGGCAGCGGCGGCGGCGGCGGCAGCGGUAGCGGGGGCAGUGGCGGAGGCGGCGGCGGCGGCGGCAGUGGAGGCAGCGGUAGCGGCGGCAAUGGCGGCGGUGGCAGUGGAAGUGGCAGCGGCGGCGGCGGCGGCGGUGGCGACAGUGGCGGCAGCGGUGGCAGCGGCAGUGGCGGAAGUGGCAGCGGUGGCAGUGGAAGUGGCAGCGGCGGCGGCGGCGGCAGCGGUAGCGGGGGCAGUGGCGGAGGCGGCAGUGGCAGUGGCGGCGGCGGCGGCGGCGGCGGCGGCAGUGGAGGCAGCGGUAGCGGCGGCAGUGGCGGCGGUGGCAGUGGAAGUGGCAGCGGCGGUGGCGGCGGCAGCGGUAGCGGGGGCAGUGGCGGAGGCGGCAGUGGUAGUGGCAGCAGCGGCGGCGGCGGCAGUGGAGGCAGCGGUAGCGGAGGCAAUGGCGGCGGUGGCGGUGGAAGUGGCAGCGGCGGCGGCGGUGGUGGCGGCAGUGGCGGCAGCGGUGGCAGCGGCAGUGGCGGCAGUGGCAGCGGUGGCAGUGGAAGUGGCAGCGGCGGUGGCGGCGGCAGUGGAGGCAGCGGUAGCGGCGGCAAUGGCGGCGGUGGCAGUGGAAGUGGCAGCGGCGGCGGCGGCGGCAGUGGCGGCAGCGGUGGCAGCGGCAGUGGCGGCAGUGGCAGCGGUGGCAGUGGAAGUGGCAGCGGCGGUGGCGGUGGCAGCGGUAGCGGGGCCAGUGGCGGAGGCGGCAGUGGCAGUGGCAGCGGCGGCGGCGGCGGCGGCGGCGGCAGUGGAGGCAGCGGUAGCGGCGGCAAUGGCGGCGGUGGCAGUGGAAGCGGCAGCGGCGGCGGCGGCGGUGGCGGCAGUGGCGGCAGCGGUGGCAGCGGCAGUGGCGGCAGUGGCAGCGGUGGCAGUGGAAGUGGCAGCGGCGGCGGCGGCGGCAGCGGUAGCGGGGGCAGUGGCGGAGGCGGCAGUGGCAGUGGCGGCGGCGGUGGCGGCGGCGGCGGCGGCGGCGGCGGCAGUGGAAGCAGCGGUAGCGGCGGCAGUGGCGGCGGUGGCAGUGGAAGUGGCAGCGGGGGCGGCGGCGGCAGUGGCGGCGGCGGCAGCGGAUUUCCAAAGAAGCUGUACUCAGAUAAUGGCACACAGUUGGUGUCUACUAACAAGGAAUUGAGAGAAAUGGUUACUCAGUAG